UACAUUUUCGUCUUAUUUAUUUUAUAUUGUAUUUUAAUAACAGCUUCAUGUUUAAAUCAUAUUCAAAUAUAAGUGAUUGCAGUGAUUGCCUCAAAAAUCAUAAUAAUUAACAACAAUUGUUUUCUUUAAUAAGUUUUAAAAAUGAAUAUGUGAUAAAAUAUAAAUUAUUAAAAGUGAGAUAUUUAAUAGUUAAAUAUAAUGAAGCUUACUUGGAUCAUUUUAUUAUUAAUCAUUAAUAUUAUUGGAAUCUGUGAAGGUUAUGGAAUUUGGAACGGUGCCUGGAUGGACUGGAGUGGCGAACAAUGCGAGGCUGCUAUCAAAGAGGUUGUCAAUGAGGAUCGAGCAACUAUUGUUGAUGAUAGUCCAAACAGGCUACACGCUACUUGGCUGUCACAAGAAUGCGAAGUACGAGCUGGACCGGAAUAUAUAAUCAGAAAAUAUACAUUUUAUAAAAAUGGAACGUUUCUUUUGAUACGACAUCAUUAUGCAGAAGAGUCAUGUAGUGUUGCUACACAUACUGUUACUGCAAGGGGUGUAAUACGACUCUUGUCAUCAUCAGGAUUAGCUCCUGGUGCAACAGAAGCUAAAUAUCAGUUGGAUCAUGUUCACAUAAUACCAUUAACACGACAAGUUGCUCAUAAAUUUGGACACCGAGUAAAUGUCAGUUGCACCCCUCAACCUCGAUGGAGAGCAUACGGUGUUCAUAUUAUUUAUGAAUCACAAUCAUCACAAAGAUCAUUAAAUUUAAAUUGGGAAAAACCAACAUAUUAUUUAUUUAAACGUAGUCAGCAAAGAAAACAUCACUGGAGUGGUGGUAAUUUAAAUUGUCUUGAAUCAUUAGGUAUUGACUUUAAUGAAUUAAAAUUAAUUAGAGUGGAAAAAAAACCAGCUACAUCAACAGCAUUUGGAUUAGGAUUAAACGGUCAUCCAAGAGUUGAACUUUUAUUAGCUAGUUUACCACCCAAUAUUUAUUCAAAACAAUUUCAUCGAGCUUCUUCAUUGCAACCUAAUACUCUUAUACGUAGUGAUACGACACGUGGAUGUUUAGUUUGUGGAGCAAUAUCUCGUGCCACUGAAAGCAGUCCACCACUUUUACAUCAAGUAGCAGCACUUCCAGCUUUAUUAGGUGGUUCAUGGAUCUCCUCAAGUUGUGAAAGCUGUGAGGGUGGUGUUUGGAUAAAACGCCAGCUACAAUUUUACUCUGGGGAUGUUUUAUGGACAGGUCGUUGGGACUAUUAUUCAGAUCCAAAAUGUUAUAAUUUUUUAUAUGCCGUAACAGCAGCUGGAAGUUAUAUUCAACGUACUGGAAGACAAAAACGACAUGAAAUAUCAUCAUCAAAUUAUGAUAAUGAUGAUACAUCUGAAAUUUCUUUAUUUUCAUCUUCAUUGAAAGAUGAUGUUAGUAGUAGUAGUGAAACAAUAAUCAAUAAUGGAAAUGAUGAAUUUUUUGAUGAUAAUGUUAAUGACUAUGUUAUUAGAUCUAAACGAAAUAGUAAAAUUAAAAAUUAUUCUACCGACGAUAAAUGGGAUUUUGAUUGGAUAACAUCUGACUCUGCUAAAUUACUUGAUAUUUUUGGAUCUUCUUCACUUCGUAUGCCAUUACCAAAAAAUUUAUUUAAUAAAAAUACUCCAUCAUCAAAAAAUAAUUUUAAUAUUAUCAAUAAACAAAAUAAUAAUAAUGAUAAAAUAGAAAUUUCACAAACAAUUACUGUUACUACUAAAUCACUUUUAUCAAAUACUACUACAACUCCAUCAGAUACAAUAAUUAGUUCAACAACUAAUGAUAAUCUAUGGGAUAGAAUUGAAAAUGAUGAUGAUGACGAUAUAAAUAAAGCUGUUAUUGAUAAUUCUUAUCGUCAUUUAUUUAAAAAUUAUCAGCCAUCAAUGGCUCAAUCAUUUACACUGAUGUUGAGAGGUAAUCAACAGCAUGAUGAAAAAUUAUCAGAGGAAUCAAAAAUUUCAACCAAAAAACCGUCACCAGUAGUAUCACAAAUACCAGCUGGUACAACAGAAUUAGAUUUACAUGUUGCUGAAAGUUUAUUGAUAGCUGGAGAUUUAUCAAUAGCUCAUCGUUGUGGUGCUACUAUUGAUGAUAACGAUCAUGGUGGUUUUAUUAUUCGACCAUUAAAUAUUUGGCCAAGAAAUUGUGUUAAACAUGCAUUAGAAGCACCAUCUACAUUAGGAUUACGAGCAAGAAUUGGUGUUAAUUGGAGUGGUCAGUACACUUUAUUAUUGGGGCCACGUGAUGAUAGUCUUUGGGAAGCUCCUUUAAGACAAUGCGGUUCUACUCCAGCUUACAAUAAUCAAUUACGAUCACAUUUAAGAUUAAGUCUGGGAUACAGGUAUGGUCUUUUCAUUUCUUCUUCUUCUUCUUCUUCUUCUUCA